AUUCUGGACAUUCUACUACAAUACGUUAAAGAUAUACCGCCUGUGGAAAAUGCCAUGUCUCGUUUCGGCAAUCCAGCGUUCCGAGAUUUUUACGACCGUGUACAAAAUAAUGCAGAGGAACUGAUGAAACCACUCGUACCGGAAGAAGCCAUCAAGGAAGUAUCGCGCUACUUUAUUGAAAGCUUUGGCAAUCGCCGACGUAUAGAUUAUGGCACAGGUCACGAAGCCAAUUUUAUGGCGUGGUUGUUAUGUCUCGAAAAGCUCAAAGUGAUUACACCCGAGGAUGACAAGGCUGUAGUGCUGCGCGUAUUUGUAAAAUACAUUGCACUUAUGCGACAACUGCAAUUUGAUUACUGGCUCGAGCCAGCUGGAUCACAUGGUGUAUGGGGUUUGGACGACUAUCACUUUUUACCAUUCAUGUUUGGUUCCUCACAGCUCAAAAAUCACAAGUAUAUCCGACCGAAAUCCAUCCAUGAUGUUGACACUGUACAAGAAUUCUCGAAAUCCUACAUGUAUCUCGCCUGUAUCCGCUUUAUUAACGAAGUCAAAACAUCAGCAUCACUACGAUGGCAUUCGCCCAUGCUGGAUGAUAUAUCGGCCUGCAAAACAUGGAUCAAAGUGAAUCAGGGCAUGAUCAAAAUGUACAAGGCCGAGGUACUGAACAAGUUACCAAUCAUGCAGCACUUCAUGUUUGGUAGUUUGAUCAAGUUUGAAGGUGGCACGCCACAGUCCGAAGAUAAUGACGGUGGCGAUUGUGGUCAUGUGCAUACGACGACUCAGGAUACAUUUGCAAUGGGACAAGAGUAUCCAGAUUGCUGUGGUAUUCCAGUACCAAGUGCAAUUGCAGCUACUGCCGGUAAAAGAUCACGGCCUAUACCUUUCGAUUAA